CCUAUCCUUCUUCCAUCUCUGCGAAAGACCUUCGCUCAUUCUUUCUCAUUCAUUGUCGGUUUCAAGCAAUCCGAUGGGAUCUCUCAUCGCCGCCCCACUUCUCGAUGCUUCGACCUCCACUGAGUCCGAAAUCGCCUGGCACUUGGCGUCUCUUCUUCUAUCCCUCGGUCACCCAGCUCAUCCCGCCGACCUUGCUUCUCGAUGCAAUUUAGUCACUGCUUCCCCUGAGCUAGUUGAGUUCCUAUGCUCGAUCCCCGAAUCUCCCAUUUUGUUGACCUCCGAUUUCCAUGUCACUCUCUCUGCUGUUGCUAUAGUCGCUGUUGGACGCUUUAUCUCCGUAACCGAUUUUUUUGGUAGUUCUUUUAUACCUAGGUUUGGAAUCAGAGUUUCCUCAACGGACGGUUGGGGAAAUAGCUGUAGAAAACGGAAACGAAGGUUUAUUUUAGAGUCUGAUUUUCUUCCCGUGGCAAAAAGAGGGAUAACUUGUCAUUCUCAACAUGUAGAUGAGUUGGAUCAAAUGAAGAUGCUCAGUCCGAAGAGAAUCUGCGAUGAUUCUUCUCGGAUUAUUCUUCAGUCAAAUGGCGCUAUAAGCAUUGACUUACUCGAAAGUUCAGAUCCGUGCAAGGUAAUUGAAAUGAAGGAGACUUUCGAAAGCAGGACAAGUGUCAAUGGCGCAUUUAAAGAUCUUGAAUCUACCAACAUGCCUCCGUUGGUGGAUGACACAAUUAAUUGCAAUGAAGUAGGUCCAAACGUUAGAAUAGGUGAUAGCAAAAUAUCCUUGGAAUGUCAGCAGACGUCGUGGUUAAUGAGUUCCGGUGGCGCAAAGCCUCUUGGAAACAUGAUACAGCCAUCAAAUACCACUUGUUCAGAAAUGCCGCUCAAAGGUGAAGCUGGAAGGAUUCCUAAUGAAAAUCGUGAUGAAGUUAACUAUUUCAAUGAAAAGUCAAUGGCUGCAGAUGUGAAAAAUAUGGACUUAUCUGCGGAUCCCCUUUCUUUACGCAAGUUUUCUCAAUCCUCUUUGAAGACGAAUGCCAUGCCCAGCGAUGCAACUGUUCCUAAUCUGCAAGACGGGUCCAAAACUUCACAAAAUGAAGAGAAACGGGACUUUUGUAGAGGUCAGGCAUCAUUGGGCAAGGGACAGAAAAAGAAUUGCAGUGCCAUGCAUGUCAAGGAAAAAAGGGGAACUUCACACUCAACGUCUCCUGAGGAUAAAAAGGAGCGUAAAGAGCUUCCAACAUUUGAAUCGUACAUUGUAGAAGAGGAAGAAGGCUCAGGUGCUUAUGGCGUUGUCUACAAGGCAAGGAGGAAGAGUGAUGGAGCCACGGUUGCCAUUAAAUGUCCUCAUGCUAAAGCUCACGGGCAAUAUGUUACUAACGAGCUGAAAGUGCUCGAACGAUUUGGGGGGAAAAACUUUAUAAUUAAAUAUGAAGGCAGCUUCAAGAAUGGAAAUACUGAUUGCUUUGUUCUAGAACAUAUCGAGCACGACAGGCCUGAGGUGUUAAGGAAAGAAAUCGAUAUUGUUCAACUCCGAUGGUAUGGUUACUGCAUGUUCAGGGCUCUAGCAACUCUCCACAAGCGGGGAGUAAUCCACAGAGAUGUUAAACCUGGCAACUUCCUUUUCUCCCGUAAGCUUAACAAAGGGUAUCUGAUUGAUUUCAAUCUUGCCAAGGAUCUGCAUCAGAAGCCAGGGAAUAUCACUUCAACCAAAGGCAGAAAGUUCUCCAAUGUCAAUUUUUUGGAAGCUACCAAUCAGCAGACAACUAACGCCUCCAAGUCGAUCUUAGAUCCUAGGGAGAACAGAAGAAAGAGUGUAGUGCAACCAAAGACAAAAAAUGACAGAGGUAGUGGGCAGCUAAUGAAAAGUCAAGGUGCGGACGGCUCAGGAGUGACUUCAGCAAAGGAUGUGACUAGCACAAGAACAUCACUUGAAAAGAGACUGAGUCUGGUAAAACCAAGGAGGAAAGAGUUGAUUAGCAUUUUGCAAGAAACACUGUUAGGUCCAAAUCAAGAACCAUCAAACACUCCUAUGAGAAAGCGAGUUCCUGCUCCUCGUAGUAAGAUGGUGGGCGAGCACAUCUACGUCUCUCCCAUGCCAUUGAACUCGAUCGGCAAUGAUGUCACUGGUGCCGGAUUUCUGCGGAGUAAAGGGAAUGGAAAGCAGAUAAGAGAAGGUUCUUGUGUCGGGACAAAAGGCUUUCGGGCUCCAGAGGUAUUGUUCAGGUCUCCACAUCAAGGUCCUAAGCUUGACAUCUGGUCUGCCGGUGUAUCCUUGCUCUAUCUCGUAAUUGGGAAGACUGCUUUCACUGGUGAUCCUGAACAGAACAUAAAGGAUAUAGCUAAAUUGAGAGGCAGUGAGGAUCUAUGGGAGGUUGCUAAGCUACACAACCGGGAAUCCUCAUUCCCUGCGGACUUGUACGAUAAACAAAGUUUGCCAUCUUUGCGACUUCGAGAUUGGUGCUCAAUGAACACAAAGAGACCAGAGUUCCUAGAAGUCAUUCCCGGUUCACUUUUUGAUCUUUUAGACAAGUGCUUGAUGGUGAACCCUAGACUGAGAAUCGGUGCAGAGGAAGCUCUUCAGCAUGAGUUUUUUGCUCCAUGCCAUGAGAGCCUGAGGAAGGAGAGGCAAUGCAAGAAGGAAUUCUAGAGUUGAUCCGGCGUAUUUUCUGUCACAAUUCAUUACUCACUAACAGAGUUCAUAUUUCCGAUUAGCAGUUUGUAAUUUUGUGUACAAAAAAAUGUCAACAACGUCCCUAGGCUUGUUUUGUUGGAGGGAUUAAGGGGGGUAGAAGUCUCUCCCCUCUUGCCUAAUUAAAACAAAAUGAAGGGGAGGGGUGGACAAAAUUUCAUCUCCACCCUUGAAAGGUAAAGGGGAUUUAGAGAAGUAAUUAAAAUCAGAUCCAUUGCUCUCUCCAUUUCAUGAAAUUUCUUCCCGCUACUCUUCCAUUUCAUUGAACCAAAACACUACAGAAGAAGCUAGAUGUGUAAAUAUUAUCUUGUCUUUGCUCUGAGCUGA